GGGGUCCUCCCGGGUCCUUCCUGCCCUCAGCCGCCGCUAGCCGCCUGACUCAAACCGACGGCGGAGGCGAAAUACCCGACAUUAAUCUGCAACUGUCGCCAAAAGCCCUUUUUUCCCGGAGCGAUGAUGGGCGGGAGAACGAGCGCGAUAGCUGCGGGGGUGUGCGGGGCUCUGCUGCUCGGCUACUGCGUCUACUUCGACCGGAAACGACGGAGUGACCCCGGCUUCAAGAACAGGCUGCGAGAGCGAAGAAGAACGCAAAAGGCAGCUAAAGAGAGGGCAGGACUGGCAAAGCUUCCAGACCUGAAGGAUGCCGAGGCGGUGCAGAAGUUCUUCCUGGAGGAGAUCCAGCUGGGGGAGGAGCUACUGGCUCAGGGAGACUAUGAGAAAGGCGUGGAUCACCUGACCAACGCCAUCGCCGUGUGUGGUCAGCCCCAGCAGCUGCUGCAGGUGCUGCAGCAGACCCUUCCUCCGCCCGUCUUCCAGAUGCUGCUCACCAAACUGCCCUCCAUCAGCCAGCGCAUCGUGAGUGCACAGAGUCUGAGCGAAGACGACAUCGAGUAAGGAGCUGAGAAGAGCCGCCCCGUCUCACUCCUCCUCCUCCUCAUCUGGACCCCGCCCCUCCACCUCGGCGCCCCAGUCACUUCCCAUUAAGGUGUUUUUGUACUGCUGUCACCCUUGGGGUGUUCAGCGGAUAAAAGCCAGUCCCUCUCACUCCACCAGUAGCUAUGGACGAACUGAUCUGAGUGCAGCUGGAGGUCGUGGCCGUGCCAGGUCCACCAAACCAGCGUGAUGCCAUCAGGAGUCUUCUGUUGUUUCCAGCCUGAAGCUGGAAACGCGUUUUAACGAGAGGGUUCAUGUAGAGCGGACCCUCUUGGUUAAAGACCAAUAAAAAGUGAAAACCUCCGUGUCUUAA